CUCUUUUACAUUCAGCUGUCUCCGCACUCAACAGCAAACAUCAUGCAGUUCCUGGUUGCUCAACGGCAAAAUAAUUUCCUAGUUACUGCUUUAACCAAGUAUUCUUCUGCAGUGGAGCAAAUGGAGCAAACAAUCAUGCUACCCAGCCUCCUUCAAGACAUCCCUAUGGAGGGGCACAACGAAACUAAAGAUGCUGAAGGUGGAUCCCAUAACAUGUACAACCUGCUGAAAUCCAUCAAAAACACUGUGGAAAGCAGCAGGCUACCAUCUGAAGACUGGAAACGGAAAAUCAACAGUGCCUGGGACUUGGAAAAUGAAGAUGAGGCACAUUUGGAGCAACUUCUCUAUACCCACGUGAAGGGCCUCUGCAUGGUGUUGAAUACAUUGACAAACAAAGCCAACACAUUGACAAGUAGAUACAAGGACAGGAUUGGUCUUUGAAUCACAUCAAGGUAAUCAUUCAGCUGACAAUGAACAACCAGAAGUGAAGAGCUCUUGAGAGAGAAGAUAACUUGUACUGCUUGGCUAAAAGACACAUGUUUGAAAGUAAAGACAUAAUUCGUAAUUCUGCAGAACAUGUUUGGCUGAUGAUAGUGAACCACAGCUUUUUACAAAAGAACGUCAAUGUUGUGCUGCAUGUAUUGUGUAUUCUUAACUCAUGAGGACUCUACACGCCUUCAAACGUGAAUCAUGAAUUAUUUAAUCUGCAAGAAGCAACUUGGAACUGCGACCUAAGAUCAGUAUGUACUUUCCUACUGUUACAUACAGGAAUAACUUUCCUAACAGUGCGUGAUCAUAAAUGUCAACAACUUCCAUCAUUUUUCAUUUAUGACAAAAAUAAAAUAAUAUAAAUUA